AUGCUCUCUGAACGUGGAGUUAGGGUCGCCUUAAUUCUCAAGGAGCCGUGGAAAUUUCCUCCUAGCGAAAGCUCCUUGUACGAUAAAGAGAAAAAUCCGAACGGAAUCAUCUCACUCGCGACCGCAGAGAAUAUAUCCAUUCCCAAAGCCGCAUUUACAUAUGCGUACGGUAGCCCCUAUUGCGCUGCGCUCACUGUUCCUAUCGCCAGGCAUAUAAACACCCAUUUCAAACCUUGCACUCCCAUCUCAUCGUCGCAUAUCGUCAUAGCCAACGGCGUCACUGCGGUGAACGACUUGUUGGGCUAUGUACUUGCUGAUCCCAAUGAUGCUAUCAUGAUUAAUCGUCCCAUUUAUGGAAAGUUUGGGCUCGACUUUGGAUGCCGAGGGGACGUGGGGGUAGUCUAUGCCGAUACAGAACCGUUGGAAGUGUUUAGUGUGGAUGUAGUGAAGAAGUAUGAGGAAGCGAUUGUGACGGCAGAAAAAGGAGGAGUGAAAGUCCGCGCCAUGCUGAUAACCAACCCGCACAAUCCUUUAGGUGGAAAUCUCAUCAAGUUGUUAGGGCGUUGUUAUCCACCGGAAACAUUGAGGGAGUUGAUGCGCUUUUGUCAUCGGCGAAAUAUUCAUUUCAUCAGCGAUGAAAUAUAUGCACUCUCUGUUUUCGAUUCCGGGGAAACAGGUACUAUUCCAUUCACUUCAGCACUGGCCAUCGAUCCAACGGGACUGCUGGAUGAGAAUUAUAUUCAUGUCAUGUAUGGAAUGGCCAAGGACUUUUCUGCCCCUGGGCUCAAGCUAGGUUUCUUAAUCAGUAAAAAUGCAGAUGUCCGAAAGGGCGUAGCCUGUGCUAGUCGAUUCGGGAGACCCUCGGGAGUGUCGAUCGCAAUUGCUUCUCAGAUGCUGAAUGAUGAGGCAUUCGUCUCCUCAUAUCUUUCCCUAUGUAGAGAAACGUUGGCCCGAACGUACAAAUUUGUCACCGCCCUGCUUCGAGAGAAUAAUAUUCCGUAUUUACCCGGAAGCAAUGCCGGUUACUUCGUCUGGAUUGAUCUAUCGGCGUUUAUUCCGCCGACCACAGAGCAAAAGCCGAUGUCAAAAACUGACCGUGAGAUUGCACUCGCCGAACGUUUCGUUGAAGCAGGUGUGUUUCUUCAGCCCGGUGACGAACAAUCCUACACACCAGGGUGGUUUCGACUUGUAUACACUCACGAAGAGGAGAUCGUGACAGAAGGAAUUCGAAGGUAA